AUGUCUAAGCAUAAUUUUAUGCUUUUCACAUUGUUUCUAUUACUUGGAACUGCUAUUAGUGAUCAAAUUGUAAGUGUCGUCUCCACAUUUAGACAUGGUGCAAGAGCUCCGAUGUCACAAUCUUCAUGAGACAAAGGAAUCUGGCCUCAAGGCUAUGCUGAAUUAACUCCUGCAGGAAUGAGGCAGCAAUAUCUGAACGGAGUCGAAAUGGCUUAUAGGUACAUUAGCCAGUCACAGACUAUCAGCCCCACCUACACAGCUGCAGAAAUUUACGUAAGGUCAACAGAUACAAACCGGACUAUUAUGAGUGCCCAAAGUCAAUUAUUUGGGAUAUAUCCAACAGGUCCUCAAAUUGCAACCCAAGCUUUGCAGCAAGGUGCAGUUCCACCUUUUAAAGUAAAAAACCAGCAGCAAUAUAUCUCCGCAUUAGGAACAAAUGCACUUCCUAAUGGGUUUCAGCCUAUUCCAAUCCAUGUGGUAUCGGCCAAUUAUGAUAAUAUGCUAGUUGGGUACACAACUGCAGCAUGUCCCAGGUUUGCUGAAAUUCUUCAGCAGCAACAAGAAUCUGAAGAAUACCAAAGAAAAGUCAGUAUUUAUUCCCGAGGGCUGCAGAACCAAGUUUACCAAGUUUUUAAAGAAAAUGUCACCUAUGAAAUGGCUGGGUAUAUGUGUGACACGCUGACUGCUGACAAAUUUCAUGGUUUCCCUUUGCCUGAUGGAGUUACAGACGAUCUUUACUAUGAAAUGUACGCAAACCAGAAUUACACGAACAGCUAUUUUUAUACCCCAGAAGGCGCUAGACUAGCAGGGUCCCAAUUUUUCCAAGCGGUUAUAAAUCAGUUUGAUGGGACUAUUAAUGGAACUUCAAGCAUAAAAUUUGGAUUUUAUUCAGCACAUGAUACAACACUUAUAGGAUUUUUAAUUUUUCUUGGGGUUUGGGACGGAAAUAACCCAAUUUAUGCAUCAAGUUUGAUUUUUGAGCUUCACAAUAAUGCAGGAAAUUACGCUGUUCAUAUUUCGUACAAUGGAGAUAUAAUUUUGCUAGAUGGGUGUACAGAUCCUUGUCCUUAUGAAACUUUUAAAACGAUGAUGGAAGAUAAAAUAGUGCCAAAUGUAACAGAAGCUUGCCAAUUACAAGGUAAUGGAAGGAUGCUUAGGUAUAACUAUAACCCAUAUCUUGAUAUUGAUACUUUAACUUAA